GUAAUUAAAAACCCUAAUUUUGUUAUUGCCGCACUUUCUCUCUCUCCACCGUUUUCUCUCUCUACCCCUCGGACUCAAACCCUAAAGCUUUCAAAUUUGCCAUCCUUCUCACUCUCAUGGCGACGGCGCGGGAGGAGCAGCAGCAACCGUACGAAGGCGGGGGAUUAGGGGCGGGAGGGAAGUUUCGGAAGAAGCCUUUUAGGAAGACCACUCAUUCGACGCCAUACGAUCGCCCUCCCACGGUGUUUCGUAACCCUAAUAAUGGAGGAGGUUGGCUCUCGAAGCUCGUCGAUCCGGCCCACCGCCUCAUUAGUGCUAGUGCCCACCGCCUUUUUUCCUCCGUUUUCACAAAACGCCUCACUCAGCCGCAGCCGCAGCCGCAGCCGCCAUCAUCACCGUUACCGCAAGAGGCAGACUGCGAAGCAGGAAAUAAGCAACAAGAAACAGUUGCCACAGAUUCUUCUGGAGCACAAAAAGGAGCCAUUGAUCAAAGCAAUGGACCAAGUACUAGCUUUAGUGGAGGGGAAUUGACUGAGCUUGAGCAAAUUUUGCAGCAAAAAACCUUUACCAGAUCUGAGAUUGAUCAUCUGACAGCUCUACUACAUUCAAGAACUAUUGGUUUAGCAAUUGAAGAUAAGGAGAAAAAGCCUGAAGUGAUUCCUAUAAAACAAGUGGCAUCUGCUGAUAGACAGCAGGUAUUUCCCGACACUGUAGUCCGAGGAAAUAUGAUAGAGAGCGAUGGAUUUCCAAAAACUCCUGUGCCGGGAAAUAUGAUAGAAAGCCAGUUUGUUUCGCCUCCUGUUGUCAGUUCAACUGUCCUUGAAGGGGAUGUUGCUUCUCCUACUGAUGUUGUAGAACUUGCAAAAUCUUACAUGCAUAAGAGGCCCAUAUCUCCAUCGAUGUUAGGAUUUCGAAGUCAAGCAGUAAAGGAGAAUUCAACUGCUUUGUACACCCGCAAUCAAACUUCUCCUUCGAAAUUACCUGUUACACCAUUUGUGCCAAGGACUUCAGGCCAUGUUGAGGCUCGGGAAAAUGGUUUUAUAACCCCAAGAUCUAGAGGAAGAUCUGCUAUAUAUAGUAUGGCCCGAACGCCAUAUUCUCGGGUUUAUCAGACCACUAGCCUCAAGAGUGGUGAGAAGGCAAUUGAUGUUUAUACUGGCCCGUCAUCAUCUUCUCAGCAUGCACCAGAUCAAAAUCUACUUUCUAGAUCCAAACAGGGGUCAUCAAAACGCAGAGGUUCACUUUUGGACAAUGACAUUGGAUCCUAUGGUGCUAUACGUAGAAUUCGACAGAAACCAAACCUUCUAUCUUCAAGAGGCUUGAGUUCACCCGUCUCUGGUAGCCCUAUCGGUUCAGCUGGAAGUCGACUGGGUUCUGAGAGUGAUCAAAACCCAUCGUCUUCAGUACUUAAGCCACCAUUUGGUGAACCUAAACGUAAUUUCUUUAAACCAUCAACUGAUAACGGGGAAAAUGUUGUGUCUAACACUACUGUUCCCUUCAAAUCCAGUGAGAUGGCCUCAAAAAUAUUGCAGCAAAUUGAUAAGUUGGUCUCACCUAAGGACAAAUCAUCUCAGUCCAAGGUAUAUGCUUCAAUGGAUAAAUUACCUAGUAAACUAUCACCAUCUAUGCUACGUGGGCAGGCUUUGAAAAGCCUUGAGGAUGUGGACUCGUCAAAAAUUUUCAGUAAUAUCCAAAAUAACAAGUCUUUGGAGGAUUCACUUGAUAUGAGACUGCCUGAUGCUCAGGAGUUUACUUCGCAAAGGCUAGACAAGGCUAAAGAUAAUGGUCCAUUUAAAUAUGAUUUUCCUUAUGGCCAAUCCACUUCUAAAAUGAAUGAUAGAGAUUUUUCAGUGUCAGAAGUUAAUGGUGCGAAUUCUAUUGUGCCUAGAAAAGAUAAUGUGCCUAGUACUGUAACUUCAGUACCUGCUGCAUCAAACUCCGUUGCAUAUCCUCAACAUAAGAGAAGGACAUUUCGGAUGAGUGCACACGAGGAUUUUGUUGACUUGGAUGAUGAUAGCCAUUCAAAUGGGUCUGUUUUUAAUUCGUUGGGUGAGGGGAGAGAAAAAGAGAAUUCCUCUUUGAUAGAGAGGACAAGCAUUGCAACUGAAGAUGUUAUACGUGAGAAAGCUUCAGCUUUGACUGAAAUUAAACCUGCAGCACCUGAAUUGAAUAAAAAAAAUGAUAUUGGAACUCUUGCUUGGUCUGUGACUGCUGAAAAGAGCACCAACCUUGUUUUCCAAAGUACAUCUCCCAGCACGACAGCCCCUACUGUCUCUAAAGCCGUGUCAUUCUUAACGACUGAUAGUGCUACUCCGCUGAAGGAAUCAAAUGUUUCUCCUUCCAUGUUUAACUUUGGGGAUAAAAUUUCAUCAUCAAGAGAUGCAGAUGCUGCCUUUCCAGUCUUCAACUUAGGCCUCAAAAGUGCUGAUAAAGUUUCAAAUUCACAGUUUAUGUUUUCUUCAUCUUCAGCAAGUGGAUCUGAGAUUGUAAACUUUGGUGCUUCUUCCGACUCAAAGCCUGGAACCUCAAGCAACUUAUCCACAGUAGCAACUGGUGCAGUAGAUUCUGUUCCAAAGUCGCCUGAACCAGAUAAGAAUAAUUCAAAUGUAGGAGUUUCUUUUAGGGCAUCCGAGACUGCACUUCCGUCUGCAGCUUCAACUUCUAGUACAAAUAUAUUUGCCUUUGGAACAACACCUAGAGAUGUUGGUCUCAAUAAUGGAUUUUCUGCUUCAAUAUCUUCCACACCUGUAGUUUCCAGUACAAGUCAAAACACAUCAAAUGGAGCACUUUUUGGAAACAGUGGUAGCAAUAUUACCACUCCCAGCACCCUUACAUUUGCCACCGGCAGUGGUAGUCUCUCUACCUCAACUCCAGCUCCUGCAGUACCCGUAUCUGUUUUUGUGUCCUCUAAGGCUUCACCUGCAGAUGCAUCAGUUACAGAAACUUCUUCGGUACCAGCUCCAUCUGUUUUUAAAUUUGGAUCAUCUACUGAUUCAACUGCUAUUGCACCAGAUACUGAAACUUCUUCAGUACCAGUUUCACCUGUAACUAAAUUUGGGCAUACAGCCCCAAGUGGAGUUGCACCAGUUUUGGAAACCUCUUCUGUAUCAGCUGCUUCUGCAUUUAAAUUUUCUACGGCCUCACCUGCAGUUCCACCAGUUUCUGAAACUUUUUCUGAUGUUAAUCGUGGGGCCAUUAAAACAGAGCAGGGCACGUCUGUUGGUAAUUCAAGCACCACAGCUUUCAGUGCCACAGCCCCUGCUAAUGCAAGCUCUGGGAGUGCAAUCCUUGGGUUUUCUGCUGUUGCCACUUCAUCAACUUCUACUACCCAGUCUCAGGGUUCUUUUGGUGCUGGUAGUUCAUUUGCGCCUAGUUCUCAGGCUUCCCCCGCUGGGACUGGUCUUGCAACAUUUUCUCAGAGCAUACCUUUCCAAUUUGGUUCUUCCUCAGGAUCCUCCCCAACAUUUGGGUUGUCUGGAAGUACCACUUUCUCUUCUGGCAGUUCACCAUUUGGCUCAACAACUUCUAUUAAACCAUUUAGUUCAGCAGCUACUCCUGGACUUGGUUCUUCUUCCUUGUCAGAGGCCAACUUGGUUAGCUCCAGCAGUAGCAGUACACCUACUGUGUUUGUUUCCAAUUGGCAACCUUCAAAAUCUCCAUCUGUAUUCAAUUUCAACGCUAGUCCAACCACAUUCUCUUUCGGAGCAACUUCAGCUGCUAGCACUACCACAAACAGUUCACCGUCUAUAUUUGGAGCAUCAACACCUGCUGCUACCAAUGGUGCACCUGCCAUGUUUGGAUCAUCUAAUGGUGCAUCCUCAAGUUCCCCUUUCUUAUUCAAUUCCUCUUCAGGUCCUGCGUCGACAACACAGCCUGUGUUUGGAAACCCUAGUCCUACAUUUGCUUUUGGUGCUUCAUCAGGCCACAAUGAUCAAAUGAGUAUGGAAGACAGCAUGGCCGAGGACACUGUUCAGGCAUCAGCUCCCGCAGUCCCAGGAUUUGGGCAACAAACUAUUUCCCCAGCUCCGUCGCCCUUUGCAUUUGGUUCAGCACCAGCUCCCUCAGUUGCUAAUCCAUUUCAAUUUGGGGGCCAACCAAAUCUGGCUAAUCCUCAGAACCCAUCUCCAUUUCAGGCUGGUAGUCUAGGUCUAAUUGCUGAUGGAAGCAACUUCUCACUGGGGAGUGGUGGCAGUGGAGUUGACAAGUCCAACAGAAAGUAUAUAAAAGUUAAAAGCAAGCAGCGGAAGAAGUGAAAAGAUUCUCUCUAAGAUUGUUCUCCUAUUGAAGAUCUUAAAAAAAUUGCAAUUUGCAAAUAAAUAUUUCUGUACAAGAUCAGGGGCAGAAGGUUGCUGUGGGGGGGUGGGUCCUCUUAGAAUGGUGUGAUACGAGAUACAACGACAAAAAGGUAUGAUCAACCCCCCCAGUAAAGGGUUUCAGAACACCGGAAAAUCUUGCACUAAAAAAUUGUCUGUCCUUUUUUAUUUCUUCUUUUUUGAUUGCAAGGGAAAAUUAUGGUCGCAAUGCAGGCAUAAGUUCUCACAAUUUUGUAUCUUUUGUAGCCUUAAAGGACGAUUAUGUUUCUGUUGCUUUGUACUUGUAGUACGAGUAGAUUAAAGGUAUUCCUGUUUGGUCAAAUUGUACCAUUAGACUCUUCUCUCUUUAUUAUAGUGUACUCUGUAUUUGUAACAUAAAAGAAAUUGGUAUGCGUAUCUGUUAAUGAGAAGUCUUUGCUUCCCCUUCUUUAUUAAAAGGGCGAGUUAACACUGUGCA